AUGGAAGUGAUGGAAAUCGCUGGAAAAGGUCCACUAAGAGCUCCAAUAUCUCUUGCUCUAGAAAUGAGGUGUAUGCGAACUCGAUCGAGUCGGUCUACAGAAGACUUGGUCGAGCUAGACUUCACAACGGGUAGAAAGAGGGUUCAGAGGUCACAGAGGGUACAAGAGGAACCUGAGGUGCUUGUUGCUGAUACAAUGGAUGUACCAGAGGGGAAUGGAAACCCUUUGGGCAAUGGACUCGGUCGAGCUAGGCAAACUCGACCGAUUGGUCAAGGAGAUGCUCCAAACCGCCACCAACAGAGACAAGGGAUUGUUCCACCACCAGUGCAGAACCACAACUUUGAGAUCAAGCUGGGAAUGAUCAACCUUGUCCAGAACAAGAUGUUCCAUGGAUUGCCAAGUGAAGACCCCAUUGACCACCUUGAUGAGUUUGAUAGGCUUUGUGAUUUGACAAAGAUCAAUGGUGUCUCUGAAGAUGCCAUCAAGCUGAGACUCUUUCCUAUGUCUCUAGCUGACAAAGCUCACCAAUGGGAGAAGAGCUUGCCCCAUGGCACAAUCACCACUUGGGAUGAAUGCAAGAAGGCCUUUCUUGCUAAGUUUUUCUCCACCGGUCGCACAGCCAAGCUUAGAGGAGAGAUAUCCAGCUUCAUCCAGCGAAACAAUGAGACAUUCGCAGAGGCUUGGGAGAGGUAUAGGGAGAUGCUAGACACAGCUAGCAAUGGGAACUUCCUCAACCAGGAUGUAGAUGAUGGCUGGCAACUUGUGGAGAACAUAGCUAACUCAAAUGGAAGCUAUGGAGAAGAGUAUGAUCGCACCAACCGGAGCUCGACCCACCACUCGAUCGAGUCAGACGAAAAGUUGAGAAAAGAUGUUAAGGCAUUGAAUGAGAAGUUGGAUAAGCUGAUCCUAGCUCAGUCCACAAUGAAGAAAGUCAACUUUGUGUCUGCUGAGGAGAUGGAACCAGUCCAAGAAGGGGAGGAUACACAAUUUGCUGAGGUGUGCUACAUGAGCAAUGGGCAAGGAGGUUACAACAAAGGAUACUAUAAUUACAAGUCCAACCCUGCCAUGUCAUACCGCAACACUGAUGUUGCUAACCCUCAGGACCAAGUCUAUCCUCAACAACAAGCAGCUCGAUCGAGUCAAGCCACAACAUGGCCUGCACCUUCACAAGAGAAUGAGCUCAAGGCAAUGCUAAAGCAACUACUUCAAGGGCAAGCUGAUGGGGUAGUGGACACAAGCAAGAAGCUAGCUGAAAUAAACUCUAAGAUCGAGAACCUCAACACAAGGGUUUACUCUCUGGAGAAUCAUGCUUCUUCUGUUGCUGCUGCUACAAAGCAAGGACAACUACCUGGUAAAGCUAUUCAGAACCCCAAGGAACAGUGCAAGGUCAUCUUCACUCAAGAAGGACUUGUUGAAGAAGAGGAUCAAGAAAGGGUCAUUGAAGAUUUUUGUUUACUGCUGAAUGAUGAAGAGAUUGUUGCUGCUGAGGCUCCUGGAGUCCAGAUUGAUCAACCAGAAGUGCAUGCACCUACUGUGGCCAUUCACACUUCACCAGUUGAGCUCGCACAACAAGCUCGAUCGGCAGCUCGAUCGAGUCCAACUCUAGCUCGAUCGAGUCCGACCUCUUCUGUCCCAAGCCUGUUUUGCUUGAUCCUUACCAACCGGUUGCCACUUCCUCGUCUCGCCUACUUAGUCAAGGUCACAAGGAAGUGA